UUAAUCUGCCCAGGUGUUUCUAAAAGUUAGUAGCAAAGUUCGUAGCUUGGGCAGGUGUAGUAUUGCACAGUGCAUUGUUGACUCUCAAAUAGUUUGCAGCCAUGGAGUGGUUUUUACUGGUGACCUGUGUUUUAGUGGGCAGUUUACAAGGAUCUCAAGGAGUCAUCUGGCCAUGCUCAUCCAAUGCAGAUUGUCCAGUUACCGACACAGAAUGUUCUGAAUUGGGGGCGUGCCAAUGUGCGAAGGGAUAUGUUUUCUCGGAGGAUCUAACACGAUGUCUUAAGGCAGCUAGAUUCGGGGAAGAAUGCGAAGAAACCAGUCAAUGUUUAAUUUCUCCUUCUGGAACAUCUUGCGUAAGUGGGACUUGCCAAUGUGCUGAAGGACAACAAUACAUCGAGGGUAGAUGCUCAAAAUAUAGCAAUUUAAAUGAAGCCUGUACAAAGGAUUCAGAUUGUUACUUUGGAUAUGAUCGACAAUCUGUGUCUUGUACUAAUGGGAAUUGUCGAUGUUCUGCCGGAUACUAUGAGCGCUAUACGAACAUUUGCCGCAAAAAGUCCGAAAGUGGCGAGCCUUGUGUUGUAAAUGCAGACUGUGAAGGAACUGGAUUCAAUUGCGUAGGUUUCAAAUGCCAAAGUGAAUCUGAGGGUUUAGUUUACAAGGAAAAUGAAGAGGGAAUUCGAAGCAAACGAUUCGCAAAGAAUAAUCAACCACAAGAAAAAAUUGGAGGUCAACGAGCAAGUAUUGGCGACAGAUGCACAAACUACAUGCAGGAAUGCAAUGGUCUUGUAAAUUCCGUUUGCGCUGAUGGACGUUGCGUAUGUAAGAUUGGAUAUUAUGAAGAAGAUGAUUUAUGCUAUGCAGAAUUGGGUGAAAAGGCACCAAGUGAGGAUUCCUGUCAAAACUCAUUUGACCCGGAAAGUGGGUUGUGUCUUUGUGAAAAGAACUUUUUCUACGAACCAGGAUUGAGAGAAUGCAGAAAACCGAUUGUCGUUGAAGAAGGAAGAUGCGUUUCGGAUAGUCAAUGCAGCCCCUUCGGGGCGUCCCACUGCAGGGAGGAAAGGCCCAGAACUUGCGAAUGCCUCAAAUAUGCAAGUUAUGAUGAGGAUGCUCAGAUGUGCAUACCCACUGAAGGUUUAGGGUCAUACUGUGAGGACUCUACUGAAUGUCAUUUAACGAACACAGUUUGUUCCGACGAGCACAUCUGCGUUUGUAAAGAGAAUUUCACAGAAUCUGGUGAUACAUGCAUACCUGGUUUAGGCGCAGAAUGUCGUUCUUCGCAGGAAUGCUCGACCGAAAAUUCAGUUUGUGAUGAGAAUGUUUGCCGAUGUGCAAAUGGAUACGUCAAUUUUGAUAAGGGAUGUCUUAAGGAGGCUACUGCCGUUUGUGGUAACUGCACUCAAGCAAUCCAAUGUCAGGCGCUUAUGGGAGAUUUAGCAGAAUGCAAUAACAACGAGUGUAGGUGCAGCAGUGCAAGUCACCUAAACAAUGAUAAGUGUCACGAGAAAAGGAUGAUCGGAGACUCAUGCAAAAGUACAUCUGAAUGCUUUGUGGAUGAAAACCAGUCUCUUGUCGAAUGCCGGAACUCUAUUUGCCAAUGUAAAUUUGGAUUCGUUACAGAUGAGAUCAAGAAAAUAUGCAUUGGACAUGGAAGAAAUUCUUCCCAACAAAACAUGGCGUCACCAAUCAGUAUAGUGGCUUUUCUGGUAGCAAUUGCAGCAGCAACUAGGAAUAAUGUUCACUAAUCUAUUUUAAUUGUAAAAACAGACUUUUGCAAAUUUUUAGUAGAGUUAAAAUGCCUUGUGUAUAUAUUUAAAUAAUAGUUUGGUUUUUUUUCGUUGAAGUUGAGCAAUUUAUGAACAUUCUAUGGAUUCAUGUCGAAUCAGAAUAAAAUGUAUCAAUGACUGUUUAA